AUGGUGCUUCGUGACAGGCUGGAAGAAAAGGAUGCAGAGCUGAAGACGGUACAACUUGAGCUGGAGCUCCUGGAACAAGCCACAGAAGCCAAGAUUGCCGAGAAAACAGCAGCUCUGGUUGAAGAGGUUUAUUUUGCUCAACGAGAACGUGAAGAAGCUGUUAUGGCCAGGCUGCGCUUAGCCAACGAGGAGAGAGACGAAGCCGUUUCACACGCAAAACAGCUGGAGAUGUCCCUGAAACGGCUAGAAAAUAUUAACCCUGAAGAAAAUGACAUGACAUUACAGGAAUUACUGAACAGAAUAAACAACGCAGGCACAGGGAUAGCGAUUCAGAAGAAUGAAGCUAUAAUUGUGGAUCAGAUAUACAAGACCAAGGAAGGUAAAAAGAAAAUAACCACUGAAGAAUUGAACGCAGUGAUAGAAGAGCGGGAUGCUGCUUUGUCUCAAUGCAAACGGCUGGAGCAGGAGCUUCAUCGUCUGAAAGAGCAGAACCAGACUUCGGCAAACAACAUGAGACAUCUGACUGCUGAAAACAAUCAAGAACGUGCUCUGAAGGCAAAACUGUCGACCAUGCAACGAGCAAGAGAAAUUGCCAUUCAACAAUAUCAGAAACUAGAAGAAGAACUGCAGACACUCCGUGUUUAUUACAGCCUGCACGCGUCCUUAUCCCAAGAAGAAAGUCUCAAAGAUCAGUUCAAGCUUACCCUGAGUGCCUACGAAGAUGCACUGAAAAUCAGAGAGGACGUCAUCUCCCUCUCUCAGAAGCGGCAGGAAGAGCUGACCGCCCACCUGCAGGAAGCCCUGUCUGGUCGCACCAUGGCCGAAUCAAAGCUUCAGCGAGCGUUGGAGACCACCCAAGAGGCCAGUGAGAAAGUUAAAAAGCUGGAGAGGCUCGUGGACGUCCUGAGGAAGAAGAUCGGAGCCGGAACCGUUCGGACGGUGAUCUGAUCGAAAGUCGGCAGACUGGGAAGCGAUCACAUCUGGUGACCAGCCUGCUUCAUUCAACGCUGAGUAAACACGGAGCUUUAACUUAGCAAACAGUUGUUAGAAGUGGGACACUCCAACGACAUUCCAAGCUGAGAUAAAAUCAAAUCACCAAUGUUUAA